AUGUCUUCCUGUCAUUCGAAUUGCUCGGAGCCACCACCCCCCUUGUCUCCCGACAAUGAUAUCACUGGGCCUGGAGUUAUUACCAACUACAUUGCAUCUGCAGGAAUCACCGUAUUAAUAAUUCUGCUUUACUUCUUUUUGGUUUUUGACCCCGUCCGUGAUCCAUUCGAGAAGGAUGAAAAGGCCCCAGAUGACCCGCCAUUCCGUCCCAAUGCGAUUGAUCUACUAAUCACGCGCAAGGUACGGGGUUGGGGUCAGAGGCGUAUGAGCAAAUGCCUCAAGAACAGACUAGAGAAAUCAUUGGUCAACUGUGUCGUCGCAAUGGGCGACCUUCAACUCGUCACAGGAUUCUCAAUCCUUGUCAGCGGUGCUGUUCAGCUAAGCUGCGGCCUCACUGUCUAUGAAUGGCAAAUUGCUGUCUAUCUAGCAUGGUUCUCUUGUUUGACUCACCUGUCUUGUCUGAUGGUCCUGCGAAGCUACCUUUACGUCCAUACCUUUGGACGAACCUGGAGGCUGGUCGCGAUGGGUUUACUUGCCAUACUGCUGAUAGUCGGGCUACUCCCCACAGCUAAUUAUGGCGAUCUUUACAAUUCACGCCCUCGUUCUUCAGACUAUGCCAAGUGCUAUUUGAAAAUCCGCUCCUCCCCGGGUAUAGCACUUUACUCAAUGAUCCUUUCGGUCUUGACUAUAGCCAUUGGGUUCAUUUCUCGCGUGAUGAAGUUACACAAAAUGCUUUCCGUCACGCUUUGGGGAGGGCUCAGAAUCCGGGCCAGUCUUCGGGCUCGAGCCAUACUCCAUGGCCUCUACAAGUGGUGUAUAGCAGGCGGCGCCGUGCAAGGCUUACGCUUCUCUCUGGUAUAUCGACCUCUCUUUGCCGUCUUCCUUGUAGCACGUUUUACGUUAGACGCAUGGGUCUCCAUGUUUGUAGAGGCGCUGUGGCUGUUCAUUGCUUUUUUCUGGGGUGUUCUCCGUCUUAUGCUCGCCCUUAAUGACACUCCUAGGUCUCAGGAUUUGUGGACAACGACCGCAGGGCACAACAAAGGUGAUUGGACUUUCGGACAAGUUGUAUCGUUGGUGUUGCUGGUGGCACCGCUCAUGAACCUAUUGGAUUACUUCGACCAAAAUCCUGCCACUGGUGCCCGAACAUCGAUACCUAGGAAUUUUCUCGAGCCCCACGAGCCUAUGAGACGUUCUUCCAGUCCUGUUCCGCCUUUAUUCAUGGAGGAAGUUCCAGAUCCCAAAAGCCUUGAUGGGAACUGGUCUAACCAUCGCGAGACUCUUGGAAUGGCGGUUAUCUACAGUCUGAUCUCAAUGAUGGCUUUCGUCUUGCAGCUUUUUUUGCCCUCUAUAAACAAACCCCUGCUCGAGAUAUUGAUCAGUCUAGAUUGGGGUAUUAAGGUGAUUUUUGCGUUGACGGGCACCUAUGGAGUGGUUCUGUUUUCUUUAUUCCUUGAAUCAAAGGUGAGCAAAGAGAGAAAGGGGACUCGACGCUGUCUGCAAUUUUUGAAUCUUGCGUUCUAUGUGCUCAGCUUUAACUUCGGGGGUACGUAUCCGCUUGGCGGAAGUCGGGUUAUGUUGAAUUUCAUGCAACCUCUCGCCCUCGGCUUUUACGGGCUGUUGGGUAUCAUGUUUCGAUGA